CCGAGCGCCCCUGGGUGACCCGGGCCAUGCGGGUCCCGGGCUGCGCGGCGCUCAGGCUGCUGCCGCCGCUGCUGCUGCUGUGGCUGCAGGCACCUGAGUGCGCCCUGGGAGCCGGCCCCGCAACGCUCGGGAGGAGCCGCCCUGGAGACCCGAGUGCCCCGGCGUCCGCGGGGCAUACGGGCUGGACGCACAGCCGCGAGUAUGACCUGGUAUCCGCCUAUGAGGUGGACCCCAGGGGGCACUAUGUGUCCCACGACAUCACGCACCACCAGCGGCGGCGCAGAGCGGUGGCCCAGGCAGGAGGAGACACUCUGCACUUGCGGCUGAAGGGAGCCAGGCUCGACCUCCACCUGGAUCUCAAGGCCGCCAGCACCCUGCUGGCUCCCGGGUUCAUGGUGCAGACUCUGGGAAAGGGAGGCACCAAGGCCGUCCAGAGGUUCCCGCCGGAGGACUUCUGCUUCUAUCAAGGCUCCCUGCGCUCCCAGAGGAAUUCCUCGGUGGCCCUGUCCACCUGCCAAGGUUUGUCCGGCAUGAUAAGAACCGAGGAGGCCGACUUCUUCCUCAAGCCUCUCCCUCCGCACCUCGCCAGCAGAGCGAGCGGCUCUCCCCAGGGUGGCUCUCCCUCUCACAUACUGUACAAGAGGUCCGCAGAGCCCCGGGCCCCGAGGGCGAAUGAGGUCCUGAUGGUGCCCCGGAAGCAGGAACUGGCAAGCUCUCCCAUGUACCGUGGCAAUCUUCGCCUCACCCUCCCACAAAAGCAGCAUUUCUGUGGAAGACGUAAGAAAUACAUGCCACAGCCCCCUGAAGAUGACCUCUUCAUCUUGCCGGAUGAGUAUAAGUCUUGCUGCCGGCGCCAUAAGCGCUCUCUCCUGAAGUCGCACCGAAACAAGGAACUGAACGUGGAGACGUUGGUGGUGGUUGACAGAAGGAUGAUGCAGAGCCACGGCCAUGGGAAUAUCACCACUUACGUCCUCACCAUCCUCAACAUGGUGUCUGCUCUAUUCAAGGACGGGACAAUAGGAGGGAACAUCAACAUUGCCAUUGUAGGGCUCCUUCUCCUGGAAGAAGAACAGCCAGGACUUGUGAUCAGUCACCAUGCCGACCACACUUUAACCAGCUUCUGCCAGUGGCAGUCAGGAUUGAUGGGGAAGGAUGGAACUCGCCAUGACCAUGCCGUCUUGCUGACGGGGCUGGAUAUAUGUUCCUGGAAAAAUGAGCCCUGUGACACUUUGGGGUUCGCCCCCAUCAGUGGAAUGUGCAGCAAGUACCGCAGCUGCACAAUCAAUGAGGACUCAGGACUUGCGCUGGCCUUCACCAUUGCCCACGAGGCUGGGCACAACUUUGGCAUGGUCCACGAUGGAGAAGGGAACAGGUGCAAAAAGACCGAAGGCAACAUCAUGUCCCCAACAUUGGCAGGACACAACGGGGUCUUCUCCUGGUCACCCUGCAGCCGCCAAUAUCUUCACAAAUUUUUAAGCACCGCCCAGGCUGUGUGUCUCGCGGACCAGCCAAAGCCUGGGAAGGAGUACCGGUACCCUGAGAAGCUGCCGGGACAGCUGUACGACGCCAACACGCAGUGCAAGUGGCAGUUUGGAGAGAAAGCCAAGCUCUGCAUGCUGGACUUUAAAAAGGACAUCUGUAAAGCCCUGUGGUGCCAUCGGAUUGGAAGGAAAUGUGAGACCAAAUUUAUGCCAGCGGCAGAGGGCACCCUGUGUGGACAGGACAUGUGGUGUCGUGGAGGACAGUGUGUGAAAUUUGGUGAUGAGGGCCCCAAGCCCACCCACGGCCACUGGUCAGCCUGGUCCCCUUGGUCCCCCUGCUCCAGGACCUGUGGGGGAGGGGUGUCUCACAGAGACCGGCUCUGCACCAAUCCCAGACCCUCUCACGGAGGGAAGUUCUGCGAGGGCUCCACACGCACCCUGAAGCUUUGCAACAGUCAGAAGUGCCCCCACGACAGCGUGGACUUCCGGGCUGCCCAGUGUGCCGAGUUCAACAGCAAACGAUUCCGGGGCUGGCACUACAAAUGGAAGCCUUAUACACAAGUAGAAGAUCAGGACUUAUGCGAACUCUACUGUAUCGCAGAAGGAUUUGAUUUCUUCUUUUCUUUGUCAAAUAAAGUGAAAGAUGGGACUCCAUGCUCGGAGGAUAGCCGUAAUGUUUGUAUAGAUGGGAUAUGUGAGAAAGUUGGAUGUGACAAUGUCCUUGGAUCAGAUGCUGCUGAGGACUCCUGUGGGGUUUGCCAGGGGAACAACUCAGGCUGCGUGACACACAGGGGCCUCUACAGCAAGCACCAGCACAGCAACCAGUAUUAUCACAUGGUCACCAUUCCUCCUGGAGCGCGGAGCAUCCACAUCUAUGAAACCAACAUAUCUACCUCAUACAUUGCUGUGCGUAAUGCUCUCAAGAGAUACUACCUGAAUGGACACUGGACUGUGGACUGGCCUGGACGAUACAAGUUUUCGGGCACUGCCUUUGAUUACAAACGUUCCUAUAAGGAGCCUGAGAGCUUGAGCUCUUCUGGCCCAACCAACGAAACACUGAUCAUAGAGCUUCUCUUCCAGGGCAAGAACCCGGGUGUGGCCUGGGAAUUUUCAUUGCCUCGGUCGGAAACUAAGAAGACUACAGCUGCCCAGCCCAGCUACACCUGGGCCAUCGUGCACUCGGAGUGCUCUGUCUCCUGCGGAGGGGGGCAGAUGAGCUCAAAGGAAGGCUGCUUCAGAGACCUGAGGGUUCAAGUGAAUGAAUCCUUCUGCAAUGCGGAGACCCGACCUGUCGCAAGGCCUGCGUCGUGCAAGGUGAUGGCCUGUCCCCCCAGCUGGUCCGUGGGAAACUGGAGCGCGUGCAGCAGGACAUGUGGAGGCGGCACUCAGAGCCGGCCGGUACGAUGCACGCGGCGGGCACGCUACCGCGAGGACCUGGCCCCAGCCAGCCUGUGUCCACAGCCGGCGCCUCCCAGCCACCGGCCAUGCAACUCUCAGAGCUGUCCACCAGCUUGGAGCACUGGGCCCUGGGCAGAGUGCUCACGGACCUGUGGGAAGGGAUGGAGGCAGAGGACGGUGGCGUGUAAGAGCACCAACCCUUCCGCCAGACCCCAGCUGCUGCCCGACGCCUUCUGCACGUCGGAAGCCAGGCCCCGGCCGCAGGAAGCCUGCCUGCUCAAGCGGUGCCGCAAACACAAGAAGCUGCAGUGGCUUGUGUCCGCCUGGUCCCAGUGUUCUGUGACGUGUGAAAGAGGCACACAGAGAAGAUUGCUAAGAUGUGUUGAGAAGUACGUGUCUGGGAAGUACAGCGAGCUGGCCUCCAAGAAGUGCCUGCAUUUGCCAAGGCCCGACUUGGAGCUGGAGCGGGCCUGUGCCCUGUUUCCAUGCCCCAAGCGUCCCCCCAGUGGGGCUGCAGGUCACCCACGAGGCAGCUGGUUUGCCUCGCCCUGGUCUCAGUGCACAGCCAGCUGUGGGGGUGGUGUGAAGACGAGGUCAGUACAGUGCCUGGUGGGGGGCCAACCGGCCUCGGACUGCUUCCCUCACCUGAAGCCCACGGCCUCCCUGGCCUGCAACACACACUUCUGCCCCAUUGCAGAGAAGAAAGACCCCUUCUGCAAAGAUGUCUUCCACUGGUGCUACCUGGUGCCGCAGCAUGGGAUGUGCAGCCACAAGUUCUAUGGCAAGCAGUGCUGUGGGACAUGCUACAAGUCCAACCUGUGAAGGGGACAGGCCAGCAGCAAGAAGACACCCGCUCAGACCGCGCCAGCAUACACACGAGCCGUGCCGUGUCCUUGGAGUGCGCCCAGGAAGAUCGGAGCUACAAGAAACAAGACUGUGUGGGCUCCUGACCUGGCGUGUGUGUGUGUGUGUGUGUGUGUGUGUGUGUGUGCGCGCGCGCGCGUGUGCGCAUGCAUGCGUACUCGCGUGCGUGUGCAUGUGUGUUGGGGCCCACACAUGCUUUCCUGCUGGGUUGCAAGUGAGGUGCUGUAGGCUAACCUACACUUAGGGUGGGAUCUGCGCUGCAGCCUGCAAGAAGCUGAGCUCACCCAUGCUAGAAUUCCAGCUCAACCAAACUCAAAGACAGGCAGAGGCGAGUAUGCUAAAUGCUAAAUGUUUGGUGCUUUGUAAAAAAAAAAAAAAAAAAAAAAAACAGGGAAAGACCAUGUAAUCAGAAAAACAUGUGAAAAGACUCCCACCACGCACAGCAGCCUCUCCUGCCUCAGAGACCCCUCUAUCAUCAGAAAAGGCCCAUGUGGAGUGGGGGGAGGCUGGGGCAAGAUGGGGAGCUCCUUGAUCUUCCCCCAGAUUUCUUCCUGCCCUAGGGGUUUAAAGGAGCGCAGGCCAUCCUUAAGGGGUCCCUGCUAGGAACUCUGCACUCUGCUCUGGGACUUUGCAUAUGGAAAUGGAAAAGGGAAUUAGGCUAUAAGGUGCUUCCUCCAGAUCCACACUCAUGGAUGGAGGAGAGAAGUCUUAGAUUUUAUCAUGUUUGCUUUCUCAUUUAUUUCCAGUGAGUUCCUAUCUAAACCUGUUCUUAGUUGGUUCCCAUUUUAACUGACAGAUAAGAAAUACAGAUUACAUGAAAAUCCAGCUCUCUCAAGAAAAGGCCAACAGCCCACCAUAGAAGAUGUAAGCAAGAUGGCUGAUGGCAUGGUUGUGUUUAGCCCCAGGUUUUGUUUUGAGUGCUGUGUGGUUGAUACCCACAAGUGUCUCCCAUAAGUUUGGUGUCUUCUGUCACCAGCUGAGAGCAAAGACCCUCCCAUGAGAGGCUUUGUGCAGGCUGCCAACCUGAUGCCCUCCCCAGUCAUCACUGGUGCUUAUUUCUGGUCUCCUCUCCCAGAGUGUGGCUCAUUUCCAAAUGGGCACUCACAUAUUUAUAUUUGCUGGAGUUUUAUAAUAAAUUUUCUAUUGUAUCCUG